GAGGAAAACAUGAAUGGAGUCCACAGCUUUAGAUACAAUAAUCCUGAUGGAACCAAUCACAAAAGCAUGGAUAAUUGCUUCCCAUCAAUACCUUCUCCUCUAUCGAGAAGUGGGAGCCGGCGGAGUCCAAUUCCGACACCAUCAUCGUUUAGAAGUGUGAGCCGGAGAGGCACCGAUUCCAAUGGCUUCCCUCCUCCCUCCCUCUCGAGAAACGCCAGUCGGAGAAGCACCACUCCUAUCAUGUUUUCAAACUCAACUGGCCGGAUGCUGAAACCUCCGGCCAUUGAAAGAAAACUUGAGUGCACCCUCGAGGAGUUGUGUUUUGGAUGUAUGACGAAGAUCAAGAUUACAAGAGAUGUUCUUACAAACACUGGGGAAAUAAUUCAAGAAGAGGAGUUGCUAACAAUAAAAGUGAAGCCAGGAUGGAAAAAAGGGACAAAGAUUACGUUCGAAGGUAUGGGAAAUGAGAGGCCUGGUUUAGUACCCGCCGAUGUGACAUUCGUAGUUGGCGAAAAACGACACCAUAUGUUCAGAAGAGAAGGGGAUGACUUGGAGUUUGGAGUGAGAAUCCCUCUGAUCAAGGCACUCACUGGUUGCGACAUCUCAAUUCCUCUCCUUGGCGGAGAGGAAAUGAGCUUGAAAAUCGACGAUAUCAUCCACCCAGGCCUCAUUAAGAUCAUUGAAGGACAAGGCAUGCCAAGUCCAAAAGAGCAAAGAAAGCGCGGAGACCUUAAAGUUAUGUUCUUGGUUGAUUUUCCAUCAACAUUGACGGACCAACAGCGUUCAGAUGUUGUUAGUACUCUGCAGGAUUUUAGUUGA